GAUGAUUGUCAUUAUCUAAAAAUGUGUAUAAAAUGUCAAUAACUAGAAAUUCUUUGUAUACAUUAGCCGAACGGUAAUGCGAUUUUGAAAGCACAUUAUUCAACGUGAUUCGAUUUAAUACAACGUAAAUUUACUAAUUAAUAGUUGGUGCGGUCCAAAGACCACAAAAUGCCAAAAGUAUUCGUGCAUUUGUUGGUCUUGCAAAUGCGAAAAUAGUCAAAUAAAGUAAAUUUUCUAAAUCUUGACCUAGUUGCGAAAUGGCGGAAAUCUAAAUGCACUUGCAUCAGAAAUGAGAAAAGUAUUGUCAAAUUGGUCUAAAAGUAGUAUCAUGCUUGUGGUAACGCUUUUCAGCGGGCGUCUCUAUAAAUGCAUCGGUGUUGGCUAUUUUUAGCCAAACAUUUGAUCCUCGCGCAGGUUACUGGUGUAUUUCAGGAGGUUAAUUUGAUGAUUGUUAAGCAGCUCCUGAGGAAUUUCAGGGCGCCUCCGUGAACUUGAGCAGCGUGAAAAUUCCACGCUGGUGUUGAUUUGAGCGAGAUAUGAAAAAAUGAGAGCUUUCGAUUCCGCGAAAGCAUUCGAAAGUUUAUUCUAUCGCUGUUGCUAUAUAAUCUAAUAUUUAUCUUUAUUUUGCUAACUCUGUCUAGCUUGGUAGGUGUCUCUUGCCAAAUGGGAUAUUUUUGUUUCCAAGUAGCCGCUACUUGCUCUGUCGCGUCAGUGUUGAGUGGCUAACCAAGUGGACUUAAACUGACCGCGUGACUGCCCAAAAAACCCACAAAACGUACCAUGACAGUCCAACCAACUCAACAUUCGGACCCUUUGACCCAAAUCGGUGCUAAAUGCAAGACGUGCUAAAUUUAGUUCGGUGUGACGAUAAGUGACACUAAUAAACCAGUAACCCAAAGGUUGGCAGCUGAAACAUGAGAGUUGACCCUAGCAAAGCCCUUAAAACGUGCGCCGAAACAAUUUAAAUAUUUGCAAGCCUACGCUGAAAUCUGAACGAUGUUUGCCAAGACAGAGGUACAGUUUUAGAUUAUAAUUCUUUAACUAUUUUAUUGUUUAUUAAAAUAUUCGGACUUGAUCGAUCGGACACAAUAAUUGAACGCUUGCCAAUAUGUGAAGACAGGUAAAAUUAAAAACUAUGUCGCAACUUUGAGCUAAAAUGGCGGAGCGUUCUCGGAAAACUUUAGGCAGGAGUGCCUCAACCGAAAGCACCGAAUAUUCGCUAACAAUGGGUCGCUCGGUCCGUGACAAGAAAAAGAAACCAAAGGAGCGCUGGCUUCUAACACGCAAAACCUGGAGGUACAUGGCGGACGCCGGCCGGAAACUCAUCCCAGAUGGGGCCCAAAACCGGCCCGAAGACAUCCCCAAAAUCGAGGCCUACUUUCAGGAGGUGUGCAAACGGGAGCCCAAGUUCCUCCUUUGGCGCAAAAACUCCUAUCCUGGAGCUUUGGCCUUCCGGAAGAAAGUCCGGAAGGAGCGGCGCAAAGGGGGCAGUUGUCGGAAAGCCUCCUCAGCUGACAGUGUCGAUCUGAUCAAGUUGGAACGACCAACAGACUUGGCCUUACCAAGCACAAGCGGUGCUCGAUACGAUAUCCAGAAAAUGAAAUAUGAUUUUUUAAACAAACCGUCUCCGACCAGCUCAAACACACAGGAGGAUUUGGAGGAAAAACAGCUGUUGAGUAUGCUGGAACAAUACUUGACGAUUUCGGAACAAACUGCCUCGACCUCGAAAUACAAUCCUCCCGAUUUUAAUUACCAGGAAUUGAUCGAUAAGUUGCAAAGACACUUGACUCUUGCAACUAGGAGUUUUGUCAAUGUUCCGACUUAUCAGAGCCAAAGUCAGGUGCAUUUUAACGGCGAUCAUGUCCAAAAAUCACUCUCGGAGACUUUGAGUCGUUAUUUCGGCCAACACACGAAUCGGGACAAAGUCAUUUCUGACUUACUCACUGAUCGGAAAGCUUUGGAAAAGCUUUAUUUUGAUUUGAGGAAAGCUCGCGGUUUUAGGAGGAAUGUGAGUGGAAGUGAUUAUUCAUCAGGGAUUAGUUUUAAACCGAAUUUGUCCAAAUAUCCGAUCCAAAGUUCGAAUUAUGAGAAACUGAAGGAACGGAUGUAUGAGUCUCACCCACCUCCCUUAAUCGAAAUUGAAAAUGAGUCUGCGAGUGUUAGUUAUCGCAGUUGGGGGAUUCAGACUUUACCAGUCCCCGAGUCAGUUCUCCUGGAGGUUGAGGAGAAGUACAAGAAGGCUCAGGCCGAGAAGGAGGAGGAGGAGAGGAGGGAUUUGAGACCUGCAGGUCGUAGACGAAGCAGUGUCGAUAACGACGACAUCUCCCAAUCCGUCAGCGACACAAUUAAGCGGUAUUUACGCAUGGCGCGAAAAAAGAGCGUAGACACGGACAAAGUGGACCGCUUCAAACGAGUGAAUUACGACAGAAACUUGCGGAACAUCAAAGCAAAAGGAGAAAUAACAAAACCAGGAGACGACGACGGUCUAAAUAAAGGUUGUCAAACCAAUGACGAUUGGAUUUUGAAAUACCGCGAUUUGAAAUUCGAUGAUUUUUCCGAUAUUGAAAGCCGGCUUUCUAGUUCGCGAAGUAGUGUGGAUGAGAACAAUAAAUCCUCCCCUAGCUCACCACCUCCGACCAAAUCCCAUUCCUUCCUCAGCCACUUACUCCACAAGCAUGAUAAACACGACAAGGGCAAUUCUCCAGCUGUGGCGGCCGGGCCUGCCAUGCAAAAGUCCAAGUCUUCGUCCAGUGUUAUGCACCAUGGCAGUCGACUCAUGGCGAAGAAGAUCUUCAGGUCUAGGUCGAAGAGUCAGACGCGGCCGAGUCAAGCCACCUGCAGCUGGACGCCUCAGGGUGGGUGUGUUUGGAGCAAUCUGGCGGGACGGCAGGUCGUUCUAGGCGCAACUUCCUUACUGCAUUUGACUGACAUUGAAAGGAAAGUCUUGCAGAAAGUAGCUUUAGCGAAAUUGCAAGCCCUCAACUUAGGAGUUGCCAUUAAAGUUCCAACAGAGAACGUGGGUGCGGUGGUGAGCAAGCCGAAGCGGAGGCCCUACUUGUUGAAGAGGAAAGCCCUCACCACCAGUAUUUUCGACACAAAUCGCAAGGAGGGCGACAAGGAGGGUGGCAGUGCCGGAGGCCUCGUAUUCGGAAUUCCCUUGACACAGUGCGUGGAGAACGACAGACUGACAAGGGCCGCAGCCAGGACUAGUCCCUUCCGGAGCGGGGCAGAGCUUUCCGGAUCAACUGAAGAACCGGCGACUAUGGGGAGACACGGGUCGAGAUCCAGCUUUAGUUCCUUAAUUGAGGCGCCUCGAGGUGACGAGAGCGGCUCUUGCGAGAGCCUAAUGUUGCGCGAGAGGCUCGUAGGAAGCGUCCCUGGCUUGCUCGACACCCUUUCCUGCGGCUCAACCUCCGAUCUUCCGCACGAGGAGGAAGCUUCCGUCCCUAACAUCCUCAGCGAGUGCUUUCGCCACCUGGAGCAGCACGGACUGCACACUUUGGGGAUUUUCCGAGUUAGCACGUCCAAAAAGAGAAUCAGGCAAUUGAGGGAAGACUUCGAUUGUGGCAAGGAGACGUCGCUGGAUGACGAUCAAUGUCCGCAUGACGUAGCUACGCUUUUAAAGGAGUAUUUGAGGGACCUUCCUGAUCCGCUUCUUUGUAGAGAUCUCUAUCAAGCGUUCGUUCAGACACAAAGGAUACGCAACAGGAGACUACAAUUCGAAGCCCUUCAACAUCUCAUUCAACUGCUGCCGACGGCCAAUAGGGACACGCUCUAUGCUCUGCUGGGCUUCCUCGCCACGGUUGCCCAAAACGCAGCCGACACGAAAGACGAGUCAGGCGAAUGUGUGUCUGGUAACAAAAUGGAUUCCAAUAACUUGGCCACCGUCUUCGCUCCAAACAUUCUCCACUGCAUCAAACCUGGAAGUUCAAAAGAAAUAGCCUCAGACCGUCCCGAAGAUAGAAUAGAUAUAAUAAACGUGGUACGAACUCUAAUCGACCACUACAAACAACUUUAUACCAUUUCGGCUGAACUUCUAGACGAGAUUUACGUUCACAUGAUGGAUUCACACCCUGAAGCUUUAGACCAGCUUUUGAACAAAAGGGACGCAUUAUCGGGGGCCGAUGAGUCAGUCGAGGAAGUUGAUAGUGAAAGCUAUUCAGCUCCUUGGAGUCCUACAGGACCUACACCCGAGUUGCCACUCGAGAGUGAAGAAACGAAGAAAAUGUACUCUCGGGAGGAGUUUUUGCACGAACGUGCUGCCAUGGGGGGACCUAACGUCGGGAUGAGGAUAAGGCAUAAGGACCGCAUUCGCGAGCGGAGUUCGAAGAAACGCAGGGAUGAAUCAACCUCGCGGAAGAAGAAGGAAGAUGAGGGUAGUAUAGGUUCAGGUAUUUCGUCGGCAAUGCACAUAAUCUCGCGUUUGCGAGGGCAGAAAGACGACGACUACCAGUACAGCAAGAAUCGGUCUUCGUCUCUGGAGAGCAACAGUUCGGCGCACACCGACAGCGAUAUCAACCGCGUGUUGCGCUUGGAAGACGAUCGCCGCAAGUCCUCCCCUUACAUCUUGGACAACAGCGGUGUCAUAACCGCCAGUCUGACGAUCCCCGUCCAGACGGCAACGCAACCAUUUCCACUGAACUUGGACGACGACAUUCCUUACAUCGAGGACGCGGAAAACAGCCGGCAACAAAUAACAAUCGGCUUGGUGCGGACGCCGACUGCGCCCCCUCGACGACGGCAACGAUCAAUCAGCGGAAGCGAUUCAUCUGUUGCUUCAAACGUGCAGCCAAUCACAGGAUCGAUAUCCCUGAUUCAAGGAUACGACUCAGCUGUGGGCUCCUCUGCCACGUAUUCCAGUCCUGUCCAGAAUACGUCGAGCAGCACGGCGGGGGACGCGGGGGUGUACAGCUCGCCCCCCUCGUGGGGGUCCACUCCCCCGACGUCCCCCGACAGCGUCCAAACUGUCAAUUACAUGCCGGAAGAGCUGCAAAGAAGUGCGAAAAAGGCUCCAAGUGCGGCGACGCUUCAAAAAGUCUCGUUCUCCUCAACGCAGGAAGUGCAACAAAUCAAACCGAAAAGUUCCAAAGAGCAGGAUUUGCAGAAAAGUUUCAGUGUCUCGACUUUCGAGCAAAUUAAAACGGAACCCAAACAUACUCCAAGCAUCUCGAGCAUUGGGAAUGCGGUCCUAAGGUCGCGAACGGCCGAUUUUGAGAGGAUCACCAAAGUUGAAGUACAAAAACCGAAAGCUAGCUCAGAAAAGAAGAAGUAUACCAAACGGAGGUAUACGGAUUCAAGGCACCAGACCAGGCAUAUUCCCGAUUCGGAAAGUCUGGAAUCGGCGAAUGCACAAAGUAAAAAGGAAGAUACGACGAUUGUGGCACAAGCACCUGUUUAUAAAAGAAGGGAACUCAUCUCGAGCGUUCCAUCCAAGUAGCGGAGACAGGGAGAUAUCUUUCGCGAAUGUGUUCAAAACUUACAAGUGAUCAGUGUCUAGCUCUAGUCCUAUCUAGCGUUUACUGUCCCAAAAUUGUUAUCUAUUUUCUAAGGAUGCAUGCAAACGAACAGUGUGUUGGUGUAAAAAUUAAAACGGCUUAAGUCAAUAAAUAAUAACGUGAUAAAAAA